ACUGCAACCAUGCCUCUUGAUGAAGAGGGAGCGAAAUGGUCAUGUAAACCAUGUAUUCGUGGCCAUCGCUCGUCGAAAUGCCAGCAUUUCGACAGACUGAUGAUCAAAGUCCCAAAGGCCGGGCGUCCGCUUGCCAAAUGUCCCCAUCCCAAAGGCAAGUGUAGCUGUCAGCGGGAGUGCGCCUUUAUGAUUGCUAUACCCAAAGGAUCUACCUGUCUAUGUAGGCCAGUAUAUCAGGUGCCUGCCAGCAUGGGGGAACAUGUUCCGGCUCAAAAUCCACUCUCCGUUGCCCCAUGACUCCGCAACUACCGUCCACCGGUGAUAGCCAGCAGUGCGAGAGAAGGGCCAGUACUUUCCAACCAACUCCUGGGAAUUUCGCCAGUGGUUCCACCCCUAUUUCUGGAUUUGAGAACAGGCACGGCGAGAAUGGAGUCUUUAGCCAUUUGCCGCCAUAUUCACCAUAUGACGCAGGGCUCGGUAUUGCUAGCAACUCGAGCGGCGCUACAAACUCGGGAUUCAUCACUCCACCUACUUUUAUGGCUCAGCAGGCAUUCGAUAACGUCCAGAGCUCAGGGCCCCAAAAGAGUAGCUGCUGUUCUGCAAAGACGCCAGCAACCGUUCCCGCACAGACUCAGAGUUCUUGUUGCCGAAAGAAUGACUCGCCUAUGAAUUCGCAGACUGCAUCAUACCAGCCCUACUCGGAUGGCGCGAUGUAUCCACCAACUUCGACUCCACAGAACUCAUCCUGGCAGCAUUUCUAUCCAGCUGGCCAGAAUAACUACUCGUUGCAUUACCCUUUGCAGAAUCAGGAACUUGGGCAGCCUGGGGUCAUGCCGAACUACAUGCCUCAACCGACACUAGACUACUCAAAGCCGAGUUUCUCGCAGCAUAAUGUCUCCAACGGUAAUGGGUUCUUCCACGGCACCUUAUCACAGCCCACGUCGGGUCAGACACAAACUCUGGGUUCCCCACAGGCAACUUUCAGUGGCGAGCGGAAGCAUGACUGCAACUGUGGGGACAGUUGUCAGUGUCUAGGAUGCGCCACCCAUCCCUUCAAUAACACUACCAGACAGCACGUCCAAGAAAUGGGUCUCUUAGUCACGCUUGAUGGUGAGGAGUCGAGUUUCGAGCGUUUGAAUGGCUACCGCAAUUUGCAAUCAAACGGCAACCCUGAUGCCGCUCCGUUCAACUACAACUUGACCAGUUUCAGCCACUUCGGCCACGAAAGCCACUCGGAGGCCAUACACAACACGGACAACACCAGUCCAAAUGGCAGCUCGCCUUCUACAGAGUACCCUUCAGAGCAACAUCUGAUGGUACCCUCCGAAUAUUACACCAUCGAAUAUCCUGUGCAACUCCCCAAUGCUUGCUCAGAUGUGACUGGCAGUUGCCUCUGCGGCAACGAUUGUGCCUGCGUUGGCUGUCUCACACAUAGUGGUCACAAUGGCCUCGCGGUCGAGUCCUCAACGAUCGAGAACAACGAUUUGUCUCCAUCGAGCCCUUCUGCAAAGCAUGAGAGCGUCGGCUCCCCGCUCGUACCUGGCCACACACAUGCCACCCUUCAAUCACCAAACCCAAUGCUCUAGAAGAUUUAGCGAUUGAUGGUGCCUUUUGCUGCACAUCGCUAAAUAGAAUGUUUUGCCCCAUUUCUCUUUUGAUGCCGAACCUGGCGUUCGAAAACUUAUGACCCCGAUACCCACCUAAUAGAUGCUGGAUCUUAGAGCUCCUCAUUCUGCUUCCUUUCUUCUGUGCAUAGUUCUACUCGGACUGCGUCCAUGGCUACUCUGAAUUCUUCGUUUUCGAGCGCUCUCCCCUCUUUUGUGGAGGUAAAUUCCCGGUGUUGUGGUUGCUCAGUUUCUCAUUCGGGGUUCGUGCCUUGAGCGCGUGGACGCUGCAAGAAUGGGGUUUUCUCCUGUCUUCUUUGCUCCUGGAUCGAUAGAUGCGUUAGAGUAGCCUC